AUGACUCACCUGCAGUACGGCAACAAGAUGAGGAAAGAACUCAAACAAGCAUACCAUUUAGCUACCGAGAGUGCAACAAAGAACCAUUUGAGGAACAAGUCACGUAAUGACCAAAGAGUAAGAGACCAACCGUUACAAGAAGGAGACAGAGUCCUGAUAAGAAAUGUUGGCCUUACUGGUAAACACAAACUGCAAGACCGAUGGAAGUCAAUACCUUACAUUGUCAUCGCACAACUGCCGAACCUACCUGUGUACAAGGUAAAACCGGAACAAGGAUCUGGAGGUGUCAAAACUCUACACAGAGACCAUCUGCUACCUAUCGGUUAUCUUGUCAGAAUCAACUCAGUCCCACCUGAAAGAGUAAGAACACCAGUUGCCAGAAGCCGUCAUGCCAACAGGCGUCUGAUACGGGACCAAGAAGAUCGAUUAUCUGAUGUCUUGCCAGACUCCGAAUCUGAGAACGAGUAUGUCUACAAGUACCCCACCAUUAACAGUGACCAUGUUCAGAGACAUGAAGUCAGACCCGAUAGACCUAACACAGAACCUCUUCUAUCUGAUAAUUCCCCCUCAUCUGAAAGUGAACAGGAAUUGGAGGAAGGACCUUCUGAAAGUUCCCAUGAAGAGGAAUGCCAGCCAUCAAAUGUGGGAGGAGAUACUAGUGAUACGGCGGCAGACACAGAAGAGGAGUUGGAGACUACCAUAAGACCUAAAACUCGAAAGUCAAAGCGAGAGGUGAAACCAGUAAUCCGCUUGACCUAUGACAAACCUGGAAAGCAGUCUGAGGAACCUGUGACUAUUGUACACCAAGGCAUGGUCAUACAGUUGAACCUCAGUAGCACCAGAGAUAAAAACCAUAAUGGAAAACACUCUAAAUACCCAAGGUACUACUCUGAGCCAAAGUCUAAAAUCCUGCAUUAGAUGAGGACAUCUAAAUGUUUUAGACGGGGAGGGUGUAGCCUGGUCUCAAAUAUCUAUUCUAGACCCUACAGGUUAAAAGGAUAUAAAUAUUGUAUAAAGCCUUUAUUGUAAAUAUUUCAUAUAUUUGAAAAAACAAGGAGUUCAAAUGGUUAAAAAUGUGUUUAAAAUCACAAUAAAUAGAAGUCAAUCAUAAUUUGAGUGUUCAUGGAGUUAUAAGUAACAAUGAAACUAAAGGUUUAUCUAAUGUGAAACAAGGAAAACUUUGUAUUGUUUCAAGUUGUUUUACAAGUUCAUUUUGGGUUGUCAAUCUUGUAUUUUCUUUUAUCCCAUUGGUUGAUGUAAACCUACUGUCCAAUCAGACGUAAGGGAGGCGGGAGCUAAGUGAGGCAAAAGAAAGAAAAAACAGCGAAGCUAGUGAGAGUCGGCAGCAGCACGUUGCGGGAGGAGGUUGUGUACCAGAGCUAAUGGAAGAAUAGUGAAAUAAUAGCUGUGGAUGCAGAGUCUACGUUCCUGUUAUGGACUGUUUUACCCUGUGAUGAUGGACCGAGAGGAAUUCUCUGGACUCUUCUGCUGUGGAUAGGAGUUCUGUGUGGUUGUUCCAGUGUACUCAGCAGCCCGGGUAUGCCGCUAAUUCCGACCACCUUGCCGAGUGGAGGCCGCAUGGUCACCAACCAAGACUGCCCCUCCGUUUGCCUUGCACUUAGCCCAAAGGAUUCGUGAGUAGACCUGAGCACGUGCAUUUUGUUUUCUACUGGUUAUCAAGUGAAGCGGCCAUUUGUGUGUUUUCUGGCCCAACGAGCCCAAGCAACGAUCAGGCCUGCAACGGUUUCAGUGAAUGAGCUCACAAAGGUUAAAACUGGUUAGUCAUUGUUUCUCCUGUUUACCAAUAAGAUUAGUUAAUGUACCCAG